AUGCAGAUUGGCUUUGUUUAUGCUGAUGAGUCUGGCUUUUUUCCUCGUGAUGAUGGAUCUGAUAGCAUGGGUGUGAAAGAGCAACAAGAAGAGGCAAAAGAUGUGCCAAAAUUAGUUCCUGUUAAUGAUUUUGGUUCAACACUAAUGAAUGACAUUCAAAGUGAUUCAUCCUUGGAUAAAGAUCUAGUUGUAACAUAUGAACACAUGGAUUCAGGAGUUCUAUUCUAUGCGCCUCCUCAUUUUCCAAGUUUAGAUAUUCCAUUCUUCAGUUGUGAUCUUAUACAAUCUGGUGCUGAUAUACAGCAAUUGUAUAGUCCACUUGGCAUCCGCUAG